AUGGGUGGCGUCUGUUCAAGGAAGCGAAGCCAAUUGGUGGAGGAGGACGACGACUCUCUCCAGACACCGACGAGGUUCUCGAAGACCAGCAGCUUGAAAUGGCUGCUGCUCACGCUGCCCCGCAGCAGCUCCGAUGUCUCCCGCAAGGGACCAGGGAAGGGCCCUGGCCGGUGCCCGGCACUCAUGGAGCUCUGUGUCGCCAAAGUCUGCAAGGAUAUCAGUAAGUAUUCUACUCUUGCUAUGCUGCCGAGUGAUCUCAGCCAGCAGAUUUUCGAUGAACUGGUGGACUCGAACUGCCUCACGGAGGAAUCACUUGAAACCUUUCGGGAUUGUGCGCUGCAUGACAUUUGUUUGGGGGAGUAUCCUGGAGUUAAGGAUGCCUGGAUGGAAGUAGUGGCUUCACAAAGGCAGUCAUUAUUGUCCGUUGACAUUUCUUGCUCUGAAGUUACUGACAGUGGCUUAAAUUUUCUUAGUGAUUGCUCAAACAUGCAAAGCUUAUCAUGUAAUUACUGUGACAAUGUCUCAGAACAUGGCCUUGGAGUUUUGUCAGGUUUCUCAUACUUGACAUCUUUAAGUUUCAAGAGAAGUGGCGGUGUUACUGCUGAAGGAAUGAGAGUGUUUGCAAAUUUAGUUAAUUUGGUAAAUCUUGACCUUGAGCGAUGCCUGAAGAUUCAUGGUGGCCUGGUUCAUGUGAAAGGCCUGAGAAAGCUGGAGUCACUUAAUAUGAGAUAUUGUAACUACAUUACAGAUUCAGAUAUCAAGUAUUUAUCAGAUCUCACAAAUUUGAAGGAACUGCAAUUGUCUUCUUGCAGAAUUACAGAUCUGGGUAUUUCUUAUCUUACAGGCUUGUCUAAGUUAACUCAUCUUAACUUGGAGAGCUGUCCAGUGACCGCUGCAUGCUUGGAAGCUAUCUCAGGAUUGGCUUCACUGAUGUUGUUGAAUUUGAAUCGGUGUGGCAUAUAUGAUGAAGGCUGCGGAAGCUUUGAAGAUCUUAAAAAUUUGAAGGUCUUAAAUUUGGGCUUUAACCAUAUUACAGAUGCAUGUUUGGUGCAUCUGAAAGGACUAACCAAUUUGGAGUCCUUAAACCUGGAUUCAUGCAAGAUCGGAGAUGAAGGUCUACUACAUCUGAAGGGCCUUGUGUUAUUGAAAAGCUUGGAGCUUUCUGACACUGCAAUUGGAAGCAACGGGCUCCAGCAUCUUUCUGGUCUUCGGAAUUUGCACAGCAUAAAUCUCUCAUUUACAUUGGUUACAGACACUGGCAUGAAGAAGAUCUCCAUGUUGAAUUCACUGAAGUCAGUUAAUCUUGACAAUCGCCUGAUAACUGAUGUUGGCUUAGCAGCACUCAUAGGUCUUACUGGGUUGACUCAUCUUGACCUUUUCGGAGCUCGGGUGACUGACCAUGGGACAAGCUUCUUGAGAUAUUUCAAGAAUCUCGAGUCCCUUGAGGUAUGCGGUGGGUCAAUCACUGAUGCUGGAGUGAAGAAUAUCAAGGACCUCAAAGCUCUGACGCUCCUCAACCUUUCGCAAAAUGCCAAGCUGACAGACAAAACCCUGGAGCUGAUUUCUGGCUUGACCGCUUUGAUCUCCUUGAAUGUCUCCAACUCUCGGGUGUCCAACUCCGGUCUCCGUCACCUGAAGGCGCUGCAGAACCUGCGCUCGCUGACGCUGGAUUCGUGCAGGGUGACAGCGAAUGAGAUGAAGAAGCUCAGGGUGACAGCGCUCCCCAAUCUGAUAAGUGUUCGGCCUGAGUAG